AUGACUGAAGCUUCUAAAGACCCCAACUCGUUGUCCUACUGGGAGCAGCAUUAUUUCUCGUCCUAUGAUCAUUUCGGUAUCCACGAAGAGAUGUUAAAGGAUCGGAUCCGAACUUUAUCUUAUCGAAAUGCAAUAAUGAAAAAUAAAUCAUUAUUUAAGGAUAAAAUUGUUCUUGAUGUUGGUUGUGGUACAGGUGUCUUGUCGAUGUUUGCAGCUCAGGCUGGUGCCAAGCAUGUGUAUGGUGUCGAUAUGUCGAGUAUCAUUGAAAUGGCUCGCAAGAUUAUCGAUCUUAACGGAUUCUCCGAUAAAAUUACGCUGAUUAAGGGUAAAUUGGAGGAUUUGGAGCUUCCAUGUGGAAAAGUGGAUAUCAUCAUCAGUGAAUGGAUGGGAUAUUUCCUUCUAUAUGAAUCCAUGCUGGAUACUGUUCUUGAUGCUAGAGACAGAUUUCUUAAGCCUAAUGGUCUUAUUUUCCCUGAUAAGGCUUCCAUCCAUGUUGCCAUGAUUGAAGAUUCUGAAUAUAAGGAUGAGAAAAUUCAUUUCUGGGAAAAUAAAAACAGAUUAUAUGGAUUUGAUUAUUCUCCAUUUGUGGAAAUUGCCAUGGAAGAGCCUCUUGUGGAUACUGUGGAAGGUAAGUCUGUAGUGACGAAUCAUUUCAAGUUGAUUGAGUUUGAUUUAAACACGGUCAAGAAAGAGGAUCUUAUUUUUAAGAGGAACUUUCACCUCAGAGCUACCAGUGACGAUAUGGCCCAUGCUCUGUUGGCGUGGUUUGAUAUUAUAUUCCCUGCAGAUAAGCCUCAGAAUGUUGUCCGAUUUUCUACAGGCCCUCAGGCUCACUACACCCAUUGGAAGCAAACUGUGUUCUACCUUGAUGAUGUCUUAGAACUGAAUAAAGGUGAAGUCAUUGACGGUUGGCUUUCUUGCAAGCCCAAUAAAAUCAAUAAUAGAGACUUGGAUAUUCACGUUGGUUGGGAUUUCAAGGCUUCCGGUGCUCUUAAUGAUGUUAGGGCCGCUAAAAAUAGUAGAAUCUACUACUUAAGAUGA